CCACCGGUUCCGGUGCCCCCCACCCCCGGUGCCCACCGGUCCCGGCUCCCCUAGGAUGCCCAGGGCCCCGGGGGAGGAGCCGACACCAUGCCCGGCGGCGAAGGCGAGGGCGAGGACCAGCUGCCCACGCCGACCCCUGAUGGGGAGCAUCUCCGGGAGGAGCAGCGACCCCUGAAACCGUCGCUGGGCGUUUCCCUGUGCCGCGAGUCCCACUGGAAGUGCCUCCUCCUCACCCUGCUCAUCCACUCGUGCGGGGCGGUGGUGGCCUGGUGCCGGCUGGCCAGGGUCCCCCGGCUGGCCCCGGCCCCGGCCCCGGCCGCGGGCCCGCCGCCCACCUACGCGGCCAGCCCCUGCUCGGACGGCUACCUGUCCAUCCCGCUGGCCUUCGCCUCCUUGCUGUACCUGCUGUACCUGGCCGAGUGCUGGCACUGCCAGGCGCGCCAGGCCCGGGCCCCGCGUACGGACGCGGCCACGGUGGAGGCCCUCGUCCGACGGCUGCAGCGGGCCCCUCCGUGCGUCUGGUGGCAGGCCACAAGCUACCACUACGUGCGGCGGACCCGCCAGGUGACCCGCUAUCGCCACGGCGACGCUUACACCACCACCCAGGUCUACCACGAGCGGGCCGACAGCCGCACGGCCCGGGCCGAGUUCGACUACGCGGCCCACGGGGUCCGCGACGUGUCCAAGGAGCUGGCCGGCCUGGCCGACCACCCGGCCACCCGUCUGCGCUUCACCAAGGGCUUCAGCUUCGGCAGCGCCGAGGCCGAAGCGGCCUACCUGGGCCAGCGGGCCCUCUUCUUCGGUGCCCACGAGGGCCUCGACGACUACCUGGAGGCCCGCGAGGGGAUGCACCUGAAAGGCGUGGACUUCCGCGAGUCCGUCCUGGUCUUCGCCGACCCGCGCCACCCACCCUGGCACGCCCGGGCCUGGGUCUUCUGGCUGGCCUCGGCGGCCACCCUGUCCUGGCCGCUGCGCGUCGUGGCCGCCGGCGCCACGGCUCACGUCCACUACCGCGUGGAGAAGCUGUUUGGGACCGGCUGCCCCCCGGGCCACCCGCCGCUGGCCCGGGUGGCCACGGUGGACUUCCCCGAGCUGGAGUGGCACAUCCGCUCCAACCGCCAGCUGGUGCCCAGCUACUCGGAGGCCCUGCUCCUGGGCGGCCCGGGCUCGGCCGCCUUCCUAAGGGGCUGCCGUCGCUGCCGUCGCUCCGCCAGCUGCACCUCGCUGCCCCGCGCCCGGACCCCGGGCUCCCGCCUGCCCUUCAGCCGCAGCCGCCUCUCCCUGGGCGCGGCCGGGGUCGCCGCCGCCCCCCCGCGGGUCUUCCGCAGCCUGAGCGGGGGGCUCCUGGGCCGGAGGGCCGAGGACGCCCGGCCCCUGGAGAGCCCCCCGUCCUACCAGGAUGCCUUGGACUUCCCGGUGCUCAUCGUCCACCGGGACGCCGGGUGCCGGGGGGACGGGGGGCUCCAGGGACCCUUCUGAGGAGGACGAGGAGGUGGACCCCCCCCCCCCCAGAGACCCUCCCCCAGCCGGACAGGGCUGGGAGAGCGGACGACGAAGGGCUGGGGGCGGGACGGGC